AUGGUUUCAGAUGAGCCAUCAAGUCCCAAGAGAAAACAUUUCUUCCUGGCCUCUCACUGUUAUGAUAAAAACGUCAGUGGUGAAAGUCUGUUCACUAUUUCUCGUGAUCGCUGCAGUUUCUUGGUAUUGGAGCAAAUGGAUAAAGACCACAUGAGCCUCUUGGACGAAAGAGAGACAUCCGAGCUGUCCUCAGGGAGCCCCCCAGUCUCUCUUGGGAGAGCUCCGUAUCAGUCGAGUGCACUUUCGGGUGUGGUUGACUAUGCUCUCUUGAAUGAUACCUAUUCCAUCAAUAUCCCAGACUCAGAUUCUAAAUUGAAAGAACAUUUUACAUAUCUGAGUUCAGAGACAGAUCUUGAAAUGCAAAAAGAAGAGCGAUUUUUUGAUAUACUUAAAGACCAAAACAAAGAUUCUGGUGUUUUGAAAGAAAUCUGCGGAAAUGUAGAUGGUGAUUACAAGAUUAAUGCUAGUGAUAUUCAGAAGCAUGAUCUGGAUGAAGAUUCCCAGCAGGAAUAUCACAGUGCUGAAGAGCAAGAUUACUCUGGUUUCCAUUUAGAUUUUGACCAAAUUAAGACACUAUGUACCCCUAAUUCAGAAGUCGUAGAGUUGGAAAAUUCAGAUUAUGAAAUUAACUGUGCUAAUGGUCUGGGCGAGAAUCACGUGAAGAAAUUGGAAGGUGGUACCUUUUUCUCCUAUGAGUCAACUCACAUUCACACACAAGAAGAAGGUAUGGCCAAGGUGCCUGAACUUCAUGAUCACCUGUCUCUAACCGAGUACCACGGUCAGAAGUACCGGAGGUGCCGAGAACAAGAGACAAGUUUCACGAACCAGAGUUUACUUAAUGGCAUGGUACACGUGAGUGGUACAGCAGAAGAGCAGGACGUUGCCUGCAGUCAGACUUCUCAGUUAAUCAGCAGUGCAGGGAAACCUCAGCAGACAUGCAAAGCCAGUAUCUCUCCUGACAAAAGGAAGUCUCAGAUGACUGAGAAGAAAGAUGUCUGUGGGGAAGCAGGGGAGAACGCCAUUCUGAAGAGUGUGGAAAACCCUAGUUUGUUCCUGGAAAGAGUUUCAGCGGUAUCACAGCAGCCCAGCAAAUGUUGGCAGAGUUCCACAACUUUUAUUUUUGAUGAGUCGGAUAUGUCUGCCUAUGACCAGUCAUGUUAUAAAUUCAUCCAGAGCACCACCAAGCCAGGCUUAGAUUUGCCCACGACAAUGCCACAGGUUUCGGCCAAAGAGAGUCAUUUGAUAGAAGAAGGUAGCCCUACAAAAGCAGUCAGCAAAACACACCUUAUCAGUGUGGAGCCCAAGCAUCUCAAGCGCUCAGUGGAUGCAGCCCGUGACCGUCUUGUUACAGUUAACCAGACGGUUGAUGCCAGCUCUGAUUUUAGGGCCUGUUUCACCACGAGCAGGGCCACAAGUGCAAGGUCUUCUGUGGCAUCCAGGUCAAGCAAUACAGAAAUAACCAUGAUGAACAAAACACGACCCAGCGAGUGGCCAGAUGAGAAGCCAAGAAGCAUCGCCUGCAACACAGACUGGUCCUGUCUGCAGGAGCGGGCAGAAGAAGAGGGUCACUUACGAGGGAUUUUCCCCAAAGGGCAAGAAAAGCCGUUUCCAGUUGAGAAUUCAAAAGCUAAUGACAAUUUGUUAAUUCGGGAUUGCCUGGAAUUGAAAAAUAAAUGUGAUGUCAAAGACUUAAAGAAAAAUCCUGAGAGUCAGUUUCAACCUUCUGAAGACGUGGAGAGGGAUUUUCCUUCCAAAUGCUGUCAGAAAACGUUGCAGAGAGCCAUAAAAGCAGAGUUGCUGCUUUUAAAAGCCCAUUAUCAGAUGUGUCAUCAGCAUUGUUGGAAAAUUUACAGACUUAUAAUGGAAGAAAAGGAAAGCUUUACUAGGAAUUUUGCAAGUGAUUUUGCUAAAACAGAAUUAGGAUCGACAUUACUGUCUGUCUUUGGAGAUCUGAAAUUUAAGUAUUUGAGUAUGAGAGAAAAAAUAACAAAGGGAGUACCAUUGGAUGAAUUGCCUCCCCUUUCUGUGGAGUCCAAAUUGUCAUCUUUCUUUUCCACUUUUAUUCCUUCCAAGCUAAUGAAAGAAGGCUCUCAUAUCCUUUCAGGACCAAACUCAGGCCUCAUUGAUGUUCCUGUUGCAUAUAACGCUGACCCCGGUGCUACCAACCUGAAAAGGACCCUUUCUCAGACUGCUCGUGCAUCUGAAAAUUGUCAUCCUAAACAAGAAACAGCCCCUAAGAAUGAAAGCAGAAAGACCUGGGAUCUGAAUGUCGGCAUCAGAAAUCUGAAACUUGAAGAUGAAGACUACACAAAAUGUCGGGAAAUAAGCGAAGACUGGUUUGAUGCUAAAGAAAACCUUACAGGAAUUGACUGCUCAGAAAUACCAAAAAAUCAAACAGAGCGAGACAAGAGGAACCCUGAAUUCACCCCGGAGAAGAAGAUUAGGGAACCUUCCCAGAGGGAGCCAAACAGAAAUUAUCUCAUUCACGUCGGCAGCUUGUGCCCUUCAGUUUCCGAGACUGACUUAAUGUCUCAUUUCCAGAAGUAUCAAGUUUCUGAAGUUUCCAUUUGCACUUCUUCUCAUAACUACAGGUAUGCAUCUCUUGUUUUUAAAAAAGCUAACAAAGCCAGGAUGGCUGUGGAAGAAAUGAAUGGGAAAGAAAUCAAUGGGAAAUCGGUCAGUGUCCGCCUGGUCAAAACCCCUGUAGAAAACGCCCCGCCCCUGUCCUUCAGGAAUGAAAGCAGGCUUGCCCCUGGCGGUUUGGAGAAGACUAUGGACAGUAAAGGCUCCAGCUCAGCCCCGUCGCCUGCCAAGUUACCGGCUCACGUGUUGAGGCCUCCUGGACCCGAGCAAGAAAAUAUUUAUCUUUCCGUCGACCAGAAGAGUGGCAAGAAAGGUUUUAAGCAGAAUAAAGCUGUUAAAUUCUUACCCGAGACCCCUCUUCCAUACAUCCCUCCCAAUACUUUGAACCUGGGGAGCUUCACCAGGCUUGUGAAGAAACUCGAAGGUCUGCACCCUGAUGUCAGCAGAGACACGAUCAUCAAUGCCCUCCAGGAGGUGAGGACAAAUAACAAAGGUUUUCUAAGUGGCUUACCCCUGACCACCAUAGUGGAGAUGACCACCUCUGUCCUGAGAAACUCUGCCUUCAAGAAAGAAGAGAAGAAACACUGUGAGGAGAAUCUUCAGAAGAAAGUUCUAGAAGAUAAACCCAUUGUGGAAACCGGCCAGCAGCGGUCAUUUCUGCUGGGGAGUUCCGAGAGAGCCAGGGAGGGGUCAGCUUCAUUCUCAUACCGCUGGACUCAGAGCUUGUUUAUUGAGAAGCCGGGUCACUUUGCCCUUGUGGCCCAUUCCCCAGUUUGGAUGGAAAAGCCACUGGUGUGAUCCUAGUAAGAGAAUGUCUCCUUUCGACCCCAAAUGCCAGGUGGCUCAAAGAGGCUGGUUAUAGGCCACUGGUCGGUCAGUGUAGACACUGGCCACUCAUUUGUUUUCACCUGUCUGUUUCCUAAAGUUGAGCGAGCUGUUCUCAUAGGCAUCAUCCCAGCAGGAUGUUUGGCGGGAUCUAGUGCAGCCAGGUGUGUUUCACUGCUGACUUGGUAGCUUUUCAGGUGAGCAGCGGCUGGGGCCUGGAGGUGCUGUUGAAA